AUGGGCAAAAGCCAGCAGCAAAAGGAGCUGGCGAAGCUGCAAAAAAAAUGGUAUAAUUAUACUCAGGAGUAUCACACUAGGCAGCAGGCCGGACGUCAACAUGCUACAGAUGCACGAUUGGCCGAAGAAACAGGCAACAACCAAAUUCUUCGCCAUAAACAUCAAUCAUAUACCAUCAGAGGACCUAGUCGUCUGUCUACCUCAACAGCAUAUAUCAGCAGUGCACCCAUACCCUCUCAAGUGACUUCAAAUAUAACAGACUCCAGGUCAAGUGAUUUCUUUUUUGAUUUCAAUGACAACAAGGACAUCACAUACGUGAUCUACAACGAACAUGUGGCCGAAAUGACGACAGAGCCCAAAAAGCGCGGGCGCACUGCUGCAGAUAAUCCUAUUGGGCUCUGGCUCAAGGAACUCAAAGCUUACCUCCUAGAACUUCUCCGGUUGGAAGGCCAUGGCGACUACAUGUUCACUGAAGUCUGUCUGGGCAGCAGUGAAUGCAAUGGUUGCCCUAAGUAUCGGUGUUGGGAUUGUUUUGGCACAGCUCUCUAUUGCAAGGACUGCACAGUUUCAAGGCACCGAGAAAGUCCACUACACAGAAUCCAGGUAAUUAUGAAGCACUGGGAUGACGGGCAUUUUAAAUGCACUAGCCUGAAAGACCUCGUGUUUCAUGACGAUUUUGUUGUUCUGGAUGUGAAUGGUGUUCACCCGGUCGCUAUUGACUUCUGCGCCUGUGAAACUGCUCAGUCUUCUACCACCCAGCUUCUCCGCACCCGUUGGUUCCCAGCGACAACUAUAGACCCCAGAACUGCCGCCACUUUCCGCCUACUUCACCAUUUUCACAUUCUCACUUUCGAAUCGAAGGCAUCUGCCUUUGAAGUCUGGCAGACACUCUCCAGGCUUACGGAUAAUACGGGUCUCAGUGCUCCGAAGGGUUGGGAAGACGCCCCUCCAGAAGUUCGAUGGCUCUAUGGACUUUUCCUCGCAAUCGAUGUGAACUUCCGUUUAGCGCGGAAGAACGUGUCCUCGGACAACAUUGACCCCAGUCUUAGCAAGGGGUGGGCAUAUUUUGUUGAGGAAGAUGGAUACAAAGCAUUCCUUCAGGAUGUUAGCAAGGAGCCGCAAGAGAAAAGCACUUGUGUAAGCCACAGCGCUGUCAAUCUAGCAGAAACCAAGAAUUCCCAUGGCCUCGCAGCAACAGGAGCCGGGACCGUUGACUGCGCACAUCACAACUUCAAACGGCCAUGCGCUGUUGGUGAUCUUCAGAAAGGAGAGAAAUAUAUUAACAUGGAUUUCUUAUUCUUCUCGAUGAUGCAGCAUGCCAAGGACCUUGUUACCUUGAAUGUCUCAUAUGACAUAGCCUGUCAAUGGAGCAAACAUUUGUGGGAAUGCAUGGCUCAGUACCCCAAUUGGAUGCAUGUUGAACAUGGCGGCAAAAUCACGACAUUUCUGGUUCUGAAGUUUCACUUGCCCGCUCAUAUUUUUUCAUGUCAAAUUACCUACUCACACAAUCUGGUUAAAAGCAUGGGCCGUACUGACGGUGAAGCUCCGGAGCGCAGGUGGGCAAACAUUAACCCUGUUGCUACCUCCACACGCGAAAUGGGCCUGGGUUCUCGAUGCAACACACUUGACGAUCAUUUUGGCGACUUCAACUGGAAGAAGGUGACCAAUCUUGGUACCAGUCUAUUACGAAAACUAAAGGCCGCUAUACCAGAAUGUUACCAACAUCAGCAGGACUUCGACGAAUUCAACGAGACACUCAUUACUGAACGUCCGGAAGAGGUAGGAAGAUGGAAACAGGGAGUCGAGGAAUGGGAAGCAGAUGUUACAAUCAGAGAAGCCCUGGCUUCUACCAAACCCUAUGCCCUUCCCACUGUUUCGGUUCCCUCAUUGAUGGGGAUUCCCCAUGCCCUUUGCCCUUACCGCUCAACCAGUACUACUUACCCUUUCCAGUAUGUGACUCAUACAUACCCUCAACCCUUACCAUUACUUUGGUACUACCUCUGUACCCUGUACCCUUACUGUUCCACUGGUAUCUCGCUUUACCGCCGCUGGAUCUCAUCCGAGAGGUUUCGUGUAACAGCAGACAUGUCAGCAACAAACCCUUUCAGCCCAACAACAGCAAACAUGACACAGGCAUCAGUCAGGUUGACCCUCUCUCAGGAAGAGAGUGAGGAGCUCGAGCACGGCAUCAACAAUUCCCUCCACAAUGAAAUAUCGCCAGCCGUCCUUAUCUCAUCCGGCAUUGGCAUUGAAGACAAACAAGCUGCCCAAAGUACCGACACAUUGAUUGAGGAGAAGGCACAUCAAAUCAGGUUAUUCCUCCCUUCUCAGCUCAAGGAGCACGCACCAGAUGCUAUCUGUGACAAACAACUUUGCCGGUUCGAAUGGGAACUGCGCCAUGCGCAAGCAUUCGAUGUGUUGAACGACCUCUGCCAGCAUCUCCUUCUUUGUACCCACCUCUAUAAAUUCAAGAAUGUCAAUAUCUGGGGUCAGCGAGCCAACACACGCACCGCUACUGUGUUAGGAAAGGUCGAGCGCAAUGUCACAGAGGCUGGUGAAAGGUACCGUCGCAUGCGAACCGCAUUAAACUACCUAUGUGGAACACUUGCAGAGGAUGGCUGGCAGACCAUCUUUCCAAUACUGGAGCCAGCUCACGUGCGCGGAAUGUCAGAAGGCGAGGCAGGUCAAUCCGAAGGCAACCAGACUCUUUCUUGGAUCUGGAAGAUGCAGGGCGUCUCAGCAACCAGGGAGGUUCUUGUGGAUGCACUACGCAUUGAGUGGUGUAAAGCCAGAGCACGUGUGCACCGCUGGACAGAAGAAGUGCAGCUUUUACUGGAGGAGAUGUGA